AUUCGAAGUUGGAACUAUCUCUCCCUCCCGCGCCUUCGGGUUCUUCUAACGCAUCUUCCUCUUCGAUUCCAACGCGCAUCUUUCCCCAUCGCAUCGUCUUCGAUUCGAACACACAACUUUCUCUAUCAUCUUCGAUUUGGAAUUACAAUGGAGGACAUGGAACGCAAAUUUGAGCAAAGGUUUGCUAGAAUGGAAGCUCAAAAUGCAGAAACCGCCAAGAAAAUUUUCGGAAUCUUGGAGAGUUUAAUUCAGAAGGUCAACUCGAUCGAGAAGCCUCCUGCUGAUAGUGCUGUUAUCGGACUCGGCACAGUCACGGAGGAGAAGCCGCUCGGCACAGUCACAGAGGAGAAGCCGCCUUCCCAUGUCGGCAUUGAGGCCAACUUGAAUGGCCUAGAACUGACGGAACUGAAAAAACUUGAUGUGAAGAGAAGAAAAACAAUAUCUGAGUUGUUGAUAUCUACUUCAAAGGCUGAGAGAAAAGAAACAAGGUUAAAAGUACGUCAAGACUCAUUAAGACUUGGAAGUGUCGACUUUAUCAGUGCUGGAACUGUUUUAUCCGAGGUCUGGAAGGAUGGUCAUGUGUUCAGCGAUCUGAAUGCGAAACAGGAAAAACUACAAGAAGAAAGAGAGGCAAUUGAACAACAGUUACUCAAGAUAACACCAUCUGGUGCGACUCGGAACAAUUUUCAGGAACAAGAAGCUGUUUUGGAACAGAGGGACCGCUAUGAACUAGAGAAGGAAAGACUAAUCCGUGAAAUGAAACGCAUACGGGAUGAAGAUGGUUCACGGUUCAAUGGCUUUCAGAUUCUAAAAGACCGUUAUGUCCUUCUAAAUCUUCUCGGAAAGGGAGGAUACGGCGAGGUGUACAAGGCUUUUGACUUGGCGGAACAUAGAUACGUUGCCUGCAAGAUUCAUGGUGUAAAUGUUCAAUGGAGUGAAGCGAUCAAGCAAAAUUACAUCAAGCACACAAAUCGGGAGUGUCGUAUUCACAAGAGCUUGGUCCAUGAUCACAUUGUUCGUAUAUGGGAGAUCUUUCUGAUUGAUAAAAAUACAGGCUGCAGUGUUCAAGAGUAUUGUAUGGGGAAAGAUCUUGAUGCUCUUCUUAAAGCAUCUCCUAUAUUGCCUGAGAGGGAGGCAAGAGUCAUUUUGGUUCAGAUUUUCCACGCUCUUGUUUACUUGAACACAAGAACACAGAAGAUCAUCCAUUAUGAUUUAAAGCCCGGAAAUGUUUUGUUUGAUGAGUUUGGAGUUGCAAAAUUAACUGAUUUUGGUCUUAGCAAGAUAGUAGAGAAUGAUGUGGGAUCCCAGGGUAUGGAGCUUACGUCCCACGGGGCUGGAACUUAUUGGUAUUUGCCGCCUGAAUGCUUUGACUUUAGAAAAACACCUCUUAUAUCAUCCAAGGUUGAUGUCUGGUCUGCUGGUAUAUUGUUUUAUCAAAUGCUCUUUGGCAAACGUCCUUUUGGACAUGGCCAAACACAAGAGAGUAUACUUCGUGAAAACACAAUUAUUGAGGCACGCAUGGUUGAAUUUCCCCCAAUGCCUACUGUUUCUGACGAGGCAAAGGCAUUUAUUCGGCGUUGUCUAACCUAUAAUCAGGCUGAGAGACCAGAUGUAUUGAUUAUUGCUCAAGAUCCAUAUCUCACCUUUGUUACUCUCUCACCUGACCAAGAAAGCAUGCUAAACAUCUGACAAAAUUGUAUAGGCCCUAAAGAUUUUCUUAUCUUGAAUGAGUUGGGGAAAUAAUUUUUCCCAUUUUGAAAGGAAUUCUUGUUUUGUUCAUGCGUUUAAUAUUUGGUUCAAAAUACCGGAGUAGCAAAAUGCAAGUUGGGUGACUUGACCCUAAAAGGGUCAUGAUG